CGGCCCGCGGGCAGUAGGGAGCCGGGCGGAGCCGGCGCGGACUCGGAGGCCGCUGGGGGCGACAGCUCGGGUCGGACAGCCGCACACUCCUUCUCAGCUGCUGAGGAAUGGGGGAGCUGGAAGGAACAUACAGAGUCCUGCAGACCCCGGGGGCACGCCUGGGCACCACGACCCCUGCGGGCGUCAGCACCCUGGAGCCCGGUCAGGGCCCCCCGGCGGGGGUGGCGCGGCCAGCGGCUCGGACGCACCUCCGCGUGCAGCUGCUGGACGACUCCGUGGAGCUGUUUGACGUCGAGCCUAAGUGCGAUGGCCAGGUGUUACUGACGCAGGUGUGGCAGCGCUUGAAUCUGAUAGAGUGUGACUACUUCGGCCUGGAGUUUCAGAACGUGCAGUCCUGCUGGAUCUGGCUUGAACCUAUGAAACCCAUCAUUAGACAAGUACAAAGACCGAAGACUGCAGUGCUUCGCCUGGCGGUGAAGUUCUUCCCACCGGACCCGGGUCAGUUGCAGGAGGAAUACACACGAUACUUGUUUGCCCUGCAGCUUAAGAGAGACCUUCUGGAGGAACGUCUGACCUGCACGGACACCACGGCUGCCCUCCUGGCGUCCCACCUCCUGCAGGCGGAAGUCGGGGACUACGAUGAGGUGCUGGACCGGGAGCACCUGCGCACCCACGAGUAUGUGCCGCGGCAGGAGCGCGCCCUGCACAGGAUCCUGGCAUUUCACCGCGAGCUCGCGGGCCAGACGCCGGCUGAGUCAGACUUCCAGGUGCUGGAAAUUGCCCGGAAGCUGGACAUGUACGGCAUCAGGUUUCACUCGGCUUCUGACCGGGAGGGGGCCAAGAUCAAGCUGGCCGUUUCACACACGGGCGUCCUGGUGUUCCAGAGCAGCACCAGAAUCAACACUUUCAACUGGUCCAGGCUCCGAAAGCUCAGCUUCAAGAGGAAAAGGUUUCUCAUCAAACUCCACCCGGAGGUCCAUGGGCCCUACCAGGACACCCUGGAGUUCGUGUUGGGCAGCAGAGACGAAUGUAAGAGCUUCUGGAAGAUCUGUGUGGAGCAUCACACCUUCUUCAGACUCUCUGAUCAGCCCAAGCCGAAAGCUAAAGCCGUCCUCUUCAGCAGAGGCUCCUCCUUCAGAUACAGUGGAAGAACUCAGAAACAGCUUGCUGACUAUGUCAAAGGCGGUGGGAUGAAGAGGGCUCCGUAUGAAAGGAGACACAGCAAGACCCGGAUGUCUCUCCGUGCCCUCAAGGUGGACUUGCCGCGGCAGAGCAUCUCGUUCUCCGAGGGUGUGAAGACUCCUGUGACGCCAUUGCCCACAACUGCCUCCUUCUGCUCGGCCCCUGCGUCCCCUCCAGUUCCCCCGGGCCCACGCGAUUUCCAGGUCGACGGCAGCAGCUCCGAGACGGGCCCCCCCGCACCCGGCGCCCGGCGGCCAGCUACAGAGAGGAGCUCCGUGGCCAUGGCCCAGCUCCCCCGGCUGCCUGCGCUCCAGCCUCACCAAGGCCUUUCCGUGGAGAGUCCUCAGCCUUCUCCCUCCACCCAGAGGAGCCCGCCGGGCCUGAGCCCCCAGGGCCCAGCCACGCAGGGCCCCAGCCCCCUCCUGGGCCCCGUCCUCGCUGACGCCGCUGGAGCCAGGACGGACGACCGGGAGGAGCCGAGACGCAAGUGCGUGCCUACGGACGAGGCAUAUUUCAUAGCAAAGGAGAUUCUCGCUACAGAACGAACAUGCCUGAAGGAUUUAGAAGUUAUUACCGUGUGGUUCCGGAGCGCGGUGGUCAAGGCGGACGCCAUGCCUGCAGAUCUGAUGACCUUCCUCUUCUCCAACAUCGACCCCAUCUACGAGUUCCACAGAGGCUUCCUUCGUGAGGUGGAGCAGAGGCUGGUGCUCUGGGAGGAAUCUUCUAGCACCCAGGCCACAGGCAGUCACCAGCGCAUCGGGGACAUCCUGCUCAGGAACAUGCUUCAGUUAAAGGCGCUCACCGGCCACUUCCAGCGGCUGCACGAGAUCCUGACGGAGCUGGAGGCGGCCAGCCGGCGCCUGCGGAGGCUGGAGGCGCUGCGCCGCGACUUCGAGCUGCAGAAGGUCUGCUACCUGCCGCUCAACGCCUUCCUGCUGAAGCCGCUGCAGCGCCUGCGCUACUACCGCCUGCUGCUGCGCCGCCUGUGCGCCCCGGUGCCCGGGGACCCCGACCCGCGCGGCCAGGACCACACCGACCUCCGCGAUGCCCUCCAGGCCAUCACAGAAGUGACCUCCGAGCUCCAGCACAGCCUGGUCCAGCUGGAGAGCCUGCAGAAGCUGACGGAGCUGCAGCGCGACUUGGUCGGCAUAGAGAGCCUCGUCGCUCCCGGCAGGGAGCUCGUCCGCGAGGGCUGCCUCCUCAAGCUCACCAGGAAGGGCCUGCAACAGAGGAUGUUCUUCCUGUUCUCAGACAUGCUGCUGUACGCAAGCAGAGACGCCGCGGGGAGCGGCCAUUUCCAGAUCCGGGGCCUCCUCCCGCUGCGCGGCAUGCUGCUGAUAGUGCUGGACCCGCCGGUGGAGGAUCGGGAGAGUGAGCGGUCUGUGCCGCACUGCUUCACCAUCUACGCGGCUCGGAAGACCAUCGUGGUGGCGGCCAGCACCUGGCUGGAGAAGGCCAAGUGGCUGCACGACCUGAACGCGGCCAUCGACGCAGUCAAGACUGGCAGCGCUCCGGCGCCCCCGGCCUGCAUGCUGUGCCCCCUGCCCCGUGGGUUCCCCGACGAGGCCUCCAUGGAGCCGGAGUCCGAGGAUGAGGCUGGUGGGGCCCAGGGCUCCGUGGUGGGAACAGGCCAGCUCCGCGCCAGUACCGCCAGUACCACCGCGCACGUGUGCUGGUGCCGCCAGACCAGCGUAUCCAGGGCCGACCACAGCGCGGCCGGCGAGAACCAGCUUUCUGGAUACCUGCUGAGGAAGUUCAAGAACAGCAGUGGCUGGCAGAAGCUCUGGGUGGUCUUCACCAAUUUCUGUUUGUUCUUCUACAAAACUCAUCAGGACGACCACCCCCUGGCCAGCCUCCCGCUGCUGGGCUACAGCGUGAGCCUGCCCAGGGACACUGACAGCAUCCACAAGGAGCACGUCUUCAAGCUCCAGUUCAAGUCCCACGUCUACUUCUUCCGGGCCGAGAGCAAGUACACGUUCAGGAGGUGGAUGGAGGUGAUAGAGAGAGCCAGCGCCUCAGCUGGGAGGGCCGGGACCCCUGAGGAGGAGGCCUGAGGCCCACCCUUUCCCAGACGCAGACAGCCGAGCAAGCAAGGCCAGCACGCACCCCACGACUGCUCGUUCCCCCAGGAGACUGGUGGCAGGCGAGCCUCUGGCGCCACCUGGCAGGGAGUGCUGCCCUGGGCUAUGCGAGGCGCCAGGAGGGCGCGCAGGGGAAGCAGGUGCGCUCUGUGCAGGCAAGGCUGACGCUGCCCCGCCCUCAACCACCUGCCCUCCUCCUCCUCCCGGGCCGGGCCUCCCGUCAGGCUGGGUGAUGUGAGGGGUCUAGGCACAGAAGCCUCUCUGGUGCCCCCUGGCCCACACUUCUGAAAAGUGGACAGUAAGCCCCUCUAAUUUAUCCCAAGAAGUGUACGGUGCUCAUGCGCCAAGUGGCUGAGAAUAAAAGGCUUCUUCGUG